GACUAGUAGGACUGUCUGCCGUUAACGUACUCAAUUCCAGUUAAACUUAUCAACAUUCAAGAGAAGAUAACCAGGCAAAUAAUUUCCACGCAUCUCACAUCUGGGUCAACUGGGUCGUUAGACAGACAGAUCAACGAAGCUGAUUGAGCUCUUCUGGUAGAUUCCCAUACUAAACCGACCCAUGACAGUUAUUCAAAGAGAAUAAAAAACACAUCACCAUAUCAAGGGAGUCAUGGCCGCGGAUUUAGAUAUGAUGAACUUGUUGGUCCUUGCUGGUGCAACGUUGGCCAUUCCUAUUCUGUCUUUUGUGGCCUCUUUUAUCCUCUGGCCCUCAGCCCUCAUCAAAAUAUAUUACUGGUACUGGAGGAGGACCCUGGGUCUACAGGUGCGCUAUGCAGACUGUGGGGGAUACCGCUUCUGUUACUCUUACAGAGGGAAGCCGGGGUUCAGACCAUCCAUCCUCAUGCUACAUGGUUUCUCUGCUCACAAAGACACAUGGCUCACUAUGGUCAAGUAUCUACCCAAACACCUGCAUAUACUGUGCGUGGAUAUGCCUGGCCAUGAGGGAACCACUCGUACCAACUCAGAGGACUACUCCAUCCCGGGCCAAGUCAAGAGGAUUCAUCAGUUUGUGGAGAACGUUCGACUGAACAGGAAGCCCUUCCAUCUGGUCGGGACCUCCAUGGGGGGCAAUGUGGCAGGAGUGUACGCAGCCAGCUUCCCCUCCGAAAUCUGUAGCAUCACCCUUAUCUGUCCAGCAGGUAUACGAUACCCCUGUGAGACAAAAUUUGACAAUCAUCUGCAGGACCUUGAGCACAGCCAUUACACUCUGAGCAUCCCACUGAUUCCGUCCACACCAGAGGAGAUGGAGGAUAUGCUCAGGCUUUGCUCCCAUGUCCGCUUUAAGAUCCCUCAACAGAUUCUUCAAGGACUGGUGGAUGUUCGGCUUCCACACAAUGAUUUUUAUCAAGAAGUUUUCAUGGAGAUAUUGGGUGAGAACUCCAGAUAUGCCCUACAGGAAAAUUUGCAGCUGAUUACUGCCCCUUUGCAAGUCAUUUGGGGCAAACAGGACCAGGUGGUGGAUGUCUCUGGAGCUGUGGUAGUGGCGGAGGCCUUGCCCGGUUGCAGGGUGGACCUGUUAGAGAACUGUGGCCACUCUGUGGUGAUGGAGAGGCCUCGCCGGACAGCCAAACUCAUCAUGGAGUUUAUUAUCUCCCUGGGUACCACCAGCGGAACCAUUAAGAAGCGCUCUUGAGAAAUACAUUCUUUAUGGAAGUUUUAUUAUUUAGUCAAGCAUUUUAUUUUGAAAUGUUUUUAAAAAAUGGUUUAACGAUCAACUAUUUACUGUAAACUCUUAAUUUUUCAGAUUCAGGUAUUUUUUUCACCCAUGUAAUAUAUUGGUCAAAUAUGUUGUUUUCCUCUUCCUGCAAUGUUUGAUCACAUUUGACUAAAUUAUUAAACCCUGCCUGUGUCUAAUUUAAUUGAUUUUCCUCCAACUAUGCUGAUGGAAUGUUUGUAGCUAGCCUAUGUGCAUAAAAUAAAGAAUACUUCCAUCUC